CAACAGUAAAUUCAAGGGUAAAUCGCCGCUAGAGAGCGUUUAGCGCGCCAGUGGUAGUUUGUCGGCUCAUAAUGGCGAGCCGGGUUGUGUCUUUAGACGUUUGUAAAAGUUGGGAAAGAUCAGGAAAACUUGAGUUUAUCAAGUUAUGUCGUUCAGCAGCAGCCGGUAUGCAGACGUCGAGGUUGCCUUCAGACAGAGGCGGGAGGGAGCUGCAGUUGCUGUUACAUGACCUAUGCUGGCACGUGGUGGAGGACCGUCUCAAGGUGGACCAGGCCCUGGCGGCCCUAGCCGAGGUUACCGCAUUGCAUCCAGAGAUCUCCUCCAUGCUGGUGGACCUGGUCUUCCUACUGGACUUCGAGACGCUGUCCGGGGAUAACCGAGACCAGAGGGACCGUUUCCACUGGCUUCUGGCUGGCUGCGCCAAGGUUGUUCCUGAUGCCUUGCUGAAAGAAAGAAUAGAGAUCGAGUCCUUGGGUGAUGCAGGGAUUGUCAGGAACAGCCGUACAACGGGCACCAAAUUUGUCAAGAUCAAGACACGGCUGUUUUACAAGCAAAACAAGUACAACUUGUUUCGAGAGGAAAGCGAGGGCUACGCAAAGCUAGCCACAGAGUUGAGCCAAGAGAUCACCGGCAAAAUCAGUCCAGACUACAUGAUUGAGGUCAUGAGGUCUCUUAUAGGCUGCUUCAACCUGGAUCCUAACAGAGUUCUGGAUAUUGUAUUGGAGGCUUUUGAGUGUCGCAUUCAUCUUGAGGACUUCUUCGUGCCUCUGCUCACUAAGUUCUUGUGCAAUCCAGCCACCAUAAGCCAAGUUCUUGGCUUCAAGUUCACAUUUUACCAGGGAGAAGCUGGAGAACCGACACCAUUGUCUUUGUACCGCCUGGCUGCAGUUUUAAUCCGUAAUGAAGUCAUUGCCCUGGAUGACCUUUACUCUCUACUGCUGCCAGAUGGCAGCUUGGCCAAGCAACACAAGAAGGAGGAAAAUGCAGCCUUGCAGUACGCAAAACGCUCGGCAAUGGUGAUCAUGUCCUCUGAGAAGAAAGAGGAAGAAAAGAAAGACGAGGACAAGGAUGAUGACCUGACAUUGGAGGAGAACCAAAAGCUUGGCCUGUGUGAGGCUCUGCUAGAGGUGGGCGACUGGCUCAAUGCUGAGAAGCUGAUGCAGCGGCUGCCUGAACACUACGCUGUGUCUCAGCCGCACAUUGCCCGUCGGCUGUGCCUUCUGGUGCACACUCUGGUGGAACCACUGUACUCCAAGCACAGUGGACUGCCAGAGGGUUUCCGCCGACCAUACAAUCCGCCAUCAGGAGGCCUGCGUCCACUGCCCCUAGUGGAGACGUUUAGCGAAUUCCAGACACUGGUGCUGCCCAUGCUCAUGUCUCUGGGUCCUCUGAUGCACAUAGAUCCCGUGCUGAUAGUGAAAGUUGUGCGUCUGGGACGGGCUUUCCUUCACCAGAAAGGCUCCACCACUGCAGACCUUCGUUUUGACCUGCUCACAUUGCUUGGAGAGACUCUGCUGCCAUCUCUGUCGCUGCUCGACUGCAACUGUUGUGUUGCUGAUGAGAUCUGGUCUCUUGUGAAGCUCUAUCCGUACCAGCAAAGGUACCUUCUUUACCAUCACUGGAAGAAUUCUUCCUACAAGAGUCAUCCUCUUCUCAUCAGGGUGAAAGCAGACUCACUCAAGAAGAUUAAAUACAUCAUGAAGCGUCUAAGUAAAGAGAAUGUGAAGCCUUCAGGCCGUCAGAUAGGAAAGCUGAGCCACAGUAAUCCCUGUUUCCUCUUCGACUAUAUCCUGUCUCAGAUCCAGACUUGGGACAACCUCAUAGUGCCAGUGGUGGACUCUCUCAAAUACCUCACUAUGCUGUCUUACGAUGUUCUUGCCUACUGUGUUGUUGAGGCUCUUUCCUCACCUGAAAAGGAUCGCAUGAAGCAUGAUGGCACCAGCAUCUCAAUGUGGCUGCAGAGCCUCGCCAGCUUCUGUGGAGCUGUCUUCAAGAAGUACUCCAUUGACUUGACAGGGCUUCUUCAGCUUGUGGCUAACCAGCUGAAGGCUGAGAGAAGCCUGGACCUGCUGGUACUCAAGGAAAUAGUGCAGAAAAUGACUGGCAUUGAGUCUACUGAGCAGGCCACUCAAGAUCAACUGGAGGCUAUGUGUGGGGGAGAGCUCCUCAAAGCAGAGGGAGGCUACUUCCACCAGUUGAGGAACACCAAAAAGUCGUCGCAGCGGCUGAAGGAUUCAUUGCUUGAGCAGGACCUGGCGCUUCCCCUGUGUUUACUCAUGGCCCAGCAGAAGAAUUGCAUCCUUUACAGAGAGCAGGAGGCCUCGCACCUGAAGCUAGUCGGCAAGCUGUAUGACCAGUGCCAGGACACGCUUGUGCAGUUCUGCAGCUUCCUCUCAAGCAGCCUGAGCACGGAAGAAUAUGCAGGAAGGCUACCUUCAGUGGACCAACUCCUGUCAAGAUUUCAUGUGCAGGCAGAUGUGUCUUUCUUUCUGGCAAGGCCCAUGUUUGGACACCAGAUCAAUCUCAAGUUUGAUGAAGCGAAGAGGAAAGACAAGAGCUUCAAGACCAUGGCUGCUGCUCAAAAGCUCCAGCGCUACGUAGACGCCGUGGACCAAGUGAUGUCCCAAGUCGUUGAGAACAUUAGGCCACUGCAUCCUGCAAAGACAUGGGAAGACCUGAGCCCGCAGUUCUACGUGACCUUUUGGUCGCUGUCCAUGUAUGACUUGCACGUCCCUACAUCUAGCUACCAGCGUGAGAUGCAGAAGCUGAGAGAUGCAUCCAAUUCUGAAGAGACAAAGGACAUGGCUCCCAGCAAACGCAAGAAGGAGAAAGACAGGUGUGAUGCCUUAGCCGACAAACUGGCCGAGGAGGAGCGCAAACAGCAGGAGCACUGCACUCGAGUUCUGGCUCGACUGCGUAGUGAGAAGGAUGCCUGGUUUCAGUCAAGGUCAUCCAAGAACGAGACAAUCAUGCAGUUCCUGCAGUUGUGUGUGUUUCCACGCUGCACAUUCACAGCGUUGGAUGCCUUGUACUGUGCCAAGUUUGUUCAUUUGAUCCACAUCCUCAAGACACCCAACUUUUCUACCCUCAUCUGCUAUGACAAGAUCUUUUGUGACAUCACAUACACUGUAACAGCAUGUACAGAGAAUGAGGCCAAUAGGUAUGGUCGCUUCCUUUGCUCCAUGUUGGAAACAGUGAUGCGCUGGCACAGUGACAAGGCCAUCUUUGACAAGGAGUGUGCCAACUUCCCCGGUUUCAUGACCAAGUUUCGUGGUGCUAGCCAGUCAUCGGACAUUGCCACUGAUCAUGUUGACUAUGAGAACUACAGACACGUCUGUCACAAAUGGCACUUCAAGAUCACAAAGGCACUCGUGAUCUGCCUAGAAUCUGGUGACUAUGUUCAAAUCCGGAACAGCUUGAUUGUGCUCACCAAAGUGCUACCUCAUUUUCCUGUGAUGACUAAUUUGGGCCAGGCGCUGGAGAGGCGCAUAGAGAAGAUUCGGCAGGAAGAGAAGGACAAGCGGCCAGACCUUUUUGUUCUGGCUACCGGGUAUGCCGGCCAGCUGAAAAACAAGAAACCUGAUUUGAUUCCUGAGCACGAAUUCCAUGUGAAGGACAGCAAAGAGGGGCGAGCAGCAGGUUCUUCCCAGGUCAAAGCAUCUGACCCUGUUGCGCAGCUCCGAACUGCAGCAGGCUUGUCCUCUGGUGGGGGUGGAGACACUCAGAAGGAGAGAAAAGCAGAGGCCAUGGCGAGAGUGUCACCACAGCCUGGAACAGUGGUAUCAAAAUCGGCCAGCGUCAACGCUGCAGGCUCAGGGAUAAACAGCAGCAGCAGUACCUCAUCUUCCAAAACAAGCUCAACUGCGCGCCGGGAAUCCAGCCGGUCAGCGAACAAGGAGAGCAGUGGUGAUAGUCAUGACAAGGUUGCUGGCACACUGGCUGAGCGGAAGAGUGCCUUGCAGCAUGACGACCCUCGGCUGUCCAAGGAUGACAUGCACAAGAGUGACCAUUGGUCAGAAACUAGUGAAGAGCACAAGCGUCGACGGUUGGACGCUGCAAGCAACAGUGUGACCUCGGGAGGUGGCAGCGGUAGCAAGGUAGGGGGCAGCCCACGGGCUGCCACGGGUGGCCGUGGUGGCUCCUCCCAGCAGAGCCCCAAGGUGGUGGACGAUCUCUCGAGCAAGGUGGCCUCCACUGGGGAAGACCUACGCUCUUCGUCUGAGAAGUGGGCCCAUCCGAAGGACCCGCACGAUGGGGACAAGGCCAAGGUCAAAAAGGGCAGCCGCAAGCGAGACCACUCAGAGGAGAGUGCCCCUGAAGGCAAGCGCAAGAAGGAUGAAGACUCUGCCAAAAGCUCGAGCAAGCGCAAUGGAGAGGAUGUCAAGGAGAAGGAUCGCUAUAGGAGGGAAGAGGUGUCGCCCAAAAUUCGUGGGGAACGACGAGCCGAUCGGGACGACAAGAAGCAUCAUCGUUCGAGUAGCAGCAGUUCAGCAUCUGCAAAGAAGAGGUCAUCAUUCUGAUCACCAUGUUCCAAUUGGAGAGUGCAUCCACUUCACCAUUGGUUGCUGUGUCAAGCUGUCAUCAGUCACCCGUCCCUGUCACCUCCAAGAGUGCCUGUACAGAAACGAAAGUUGUGUUAAUCAUUACAAACAUUUCAUUGUGUUAGCAAUGUGCAGCUGUUCAUGUUGCCUGAUUCAUCCUCCAUCUCCUGGCCUGUUUCUGUACAAUAAAAAUUAU